AUGUGCCGCUUGUGCGCCGUGCUCUCGGAUGAGGCGGUGCUGCUUGCCGACAUCCUCCUGCGGCCGCGCAUGUCGCUGGUCCGGCAGAGCUACGCGGCGCAGGAGCGCCGUGCGCUGCCGCCCGGGGCGCUGCCCAGCAUGGCCUACCAGCAGCCCUUCCUGAACGCGGACGGCUUCGGAGUGGGCUGGUACGCUCCCGAGACGUUGGCCGGGCAAGAGUCUGGCGCGAUCCGGAAGCCCUGCGUGUUCACCUCGCUGAAGCCGGCCUGGAACGACGCCAAUUUGACCAACCUGUCCGAGGAGGUGCGCUCGCCGCUGAUCCUGGCUCACAUUCGAGCCGCGGGCCCCUCGCUGCCGGUGUCGGAUGCCACCUGCCACCCGUUCCGGGCUGGGCGCCUCCUCUUUGCCCACAACGGCAUGGUGGGCGACUACGAGGGCGUGAGACGAGCACUCCUGGCAGACCUGACCGACUACGCUUUCACGAAGGCCGUCCAGCACGGCUGCAUCGACUCCGCGGUGGCGUUCGGGGUGCUGCUCACGGAGCUCGGCGUGACGGACGAGGAGGGUGCCUUGCGCGAGAGGUCCGCCGAGGAGCUCUGCGGCGCGCUUGGCCGCAUGAUUAAGAAGAUCGUGGCUGCGGUGGCGGGCAAGGAGGAGUCCCUCCUGAACUGCGUCGUGUGCGACGACCGCAGCAUCGUCGCCUGCCGCUUCGCCACCUCCCCGAGCGCCGGCGGUCUCCAUGACGGCUCCGAGGCUGAGGAGCUGCAGCCGCUGGGAGCGUCGCUGUACCUCAGCGUGGGCUCGCGGUGGGUGGCCUCGCCAGACGACCCCAUGACGUACCGGAUGAGGAAGGGUGCCGACGUCAAGUGUUGCACGGCCAUUCUGUCGAGCGAGCCGCUGACGUCGGUCCGAGAGGAAUGGCUGCCCAUCGCGCCGAACUCCGUGGUGGUCUGCCGCCUGAGCAAAGGCCAGAGCCACCCCGUGGACGUCUUGCUGUACCCGCUGCGCCAAGGUCCCCCCCCGUCCGUAGCCGCGCUGCUGGACGGCAGCGGCCAGCUCGAAGGGGCCACCGCGGCGCCCGCGCUGGACUCUCUGGCUGGAGCCCCUGCCGUCCCCGCCACGGCGCCUGCGCUGGAGGCGGCGCCUGGCUCCUCCGCUGCCGCCGCCAGCCGCUCCGAGGCCUGGAUGACCUUCACCGGGCACUCCGAGGACGUCAACUGCGUGACGGCGCUCUGCGAUGGCCGGGUCAUCGCCGCAGGGUCCAUGGACGGCUCGUUCCGGCUGUUCGACACCGCCAGCGCGAAGACGCUCGUGGUCCGGAGGCACAGCGACUCCAGCGGCGCGGUGCUGGCGCUGCUGGCCCUGCAGGGCCCGUCGGCUUCGUCCUGCUUGCAGAGCCGCGAGAGCUCGCCCGAGAGCUCGCCCGCGAGCUCGCCGCGGCGGGCGUCACCGCCGGCGUCGCCUGGCUGGCCGGCGCGCCGCCGCGCGUCGUCGUUCAGCGGGGCGGACCUGGACGUCCUACUGUCCACGUCGCAGAAUGAGUUGAGGGUGUGGGAUAUGACCAGCUGUCGCACCGUGGGGUGCUCUUCCGCCUGCGUGGGCAGCGAAGGCGAGGGCCCCGCGGAGCUGGAGGUGCCGUGCCUGUUCUGCUUCCGGUUCUCGCCCAACCAGGGCCAGCUUCUGGCGCUCGCGGGGACCCUGGACUCCCUGGUCCUCGGCUUCCAGAGCACGCGCGUGUUCCGGCUCCGGCUCGCCGAGGGCUGGUGCCGCAUGAUGCAGACGAAGCGUCGUAGCCGCACCACCAAGCACGUCACCCUGAACGUGGACACCUCCCAGGUCACCCCGUCGGGCAGGGACUGCCCCUCGGCGGACGGCCGGUCGCAGAAGUUCUGCCACCACGCCCUGCUGGAGCCGCUCCACGGCGGCCACAUCGGCUUCGUGUACUGCGUCGCACACGAGCCGUCCGCCGGCGUCCUGGCGUCCGGAGGCGGCGACGGGCGCCUCGUGUUCUGGGGGCCCGGGGGGCCCCGGGCCGUCUUCCCGCACGGCGCCGCCGUGCUGGCCAUGGCGCUGUCCCCCGGGGCGGAGGAGCUCUUCUCCGGCGACGUGCGCGGCAGGAUCCGCAUCUGGGACUGCUCCGCGGUCGAGCGGGGCAGCAGGGCCGUGCUGUCCGCCGGGGGCGCUGCCGCGGCGGUGCUGUCCCUGGCGGUGGCGCCCGUGCGCGGCGACGCCGCCGCGGCUCCGCGCUGCCUGCUCUUCGCCGGCGACGCCAGCGGCGCCCUGCGCGUGUGGGACCCGCGGCGCUGCGUGGCGCUGCGCGAGUUCUCCACGUCGAUGACCUGCUGUGCCGCGCUGUGCACCCUGGGCGAGCCAGACGAGGCGCCCAGCGGGCUGCUGGUGCGCCUCGCUUGCGGGGGGUGCAGCUCGGGCGCGGUGCGGCGCGUCGACGUCGUGGUGCCAUGGGCCGACGGUGACCCGGCCGAGGACACGCACGCCUGCAGCCUGUGCGGCGAUGACAGCUCUUUCCGCGGGUCUGCGGCCAGGCGGCUGCUCUUCCUGCUGCUCACCGACUUCGUGGGCAUCCCCACUAUCUCCACCGACCCCCUCUUCGCGCCGCACCUGCGCCGCGGCACCGCGUGGCUCUCGGAGCGCUUCGAGGAGCUGCUGGGGUGCACGGUCCGCGUGUCGGGGCACUGCAUCGCGGCCCGCUGCGGCUGGGACGCCGCCAGGCCUCUGGUGGUCCUGUACUCCCACUACGACGUGGUGGAGCCCGGCAGCGGGUGGGUGACAGACCCCUGGCAGGUGAGCGCCGCCGACGGCUACCUGCACGGCCGGGGCGUCAGCGACAACAAAGGGCCCCUGCUGGCCCAGCUCUUCGCCGUGCGGCGCCUGCUGCAGGCCCGCGGGGCCGCUCCGGCGGCGGGCGGCGAGGACAUCGUCAUGCGCAUCGACGACAAGGAGGAGUUCAGCUGGUCCGACAGCUCGGGGGGCGCCGGCUGACCGAAUCUGUUUUCU